GUAGACAUCGAACAACUGCGCCCGUCCAAAAGCUGUUAUCUGCAAAGCCUGCUUUACUCGGCAUCGUCAACCCACCUCUUCCGCUACGAUGCCUCGAGCAAGGCUUCCGCCUACACUUCACACGAAACCAAAGAUUCCAACGACCCGGGUAGCACCCAAUGCGCCCCGACUAUGGAAUGCCAAAAGACGAGUAAAAACCACCAUUGGACUGAACCCGUUCUCUGCCAACAUCUUCAAACGAGUCGAACCUCCGCUCAAAUGGCUUGAAAAGUAUGAGGUUCAACUAUCAUCAAAUCAACCUCCAAAACAGCAACUAGCUCCAGAAACCCUGGAAGCACUCCGAGCCACCCGGACGGACGACGAGUUGCGCUGGUGGGAAAUGGAACGGAAACACCUCGAUCACUUCAUGGACGUCUACUCUCCUUUAUCGCAUGUGUCAAGCGACGUAAGAGACUUUUUACACACCAACAGCAGAUAUCUCAGCCCACAGAAAGUGACCGAACUACUACAAUCUCCUUCACGGUUCUUUAGCAAACCUGCCAAUGUCCCCUACGAAUCGCGGAAACAAAUCAACUUUCCUCACCCUAACGACGCCGUCGUCCUGAUGCGCACACCCCAUCUCAGUCCCAACUACGCCGCCUUCGAUGUCCCAUUACAUUUCAGCAAGCUGGAUCUCAAAGCCUACCUGAGGAACGUGUACGCGGUAGAAGUCCUGCACGUACGGAGUGUUGUCAUCCAACAAAAAGUGAAACGGACACAACCGACAGACAGAUACAGUCAGGGAGCCCUGUACCGGCCUCAAAGCAUAAAGAAGAUGACCGUGCAACUGGCCAAGCCGUUCGUCUAUCCAGAAGAGGUCAAGGACCUCGAUCCGUGGGAACACGACGACUACUGGCAACUGGCCAAGGCACAGUUCGCCCAAGAACGAGAAAGCAGCGAGUGGGGGUUAUCGAAACCCAACCUCGAACACAGAAAGACAAUCGCCCAACAGGCGCAGGAACUAUUAAAGGGAAAGAAAAAGUGGGCGCCGACCUGGCAAUUGUUGGACUCGAGUGCCGACAUGCCGUCGGACCAUGCACCUCGUCGUUAGAUACCCUUUCUUGCUUUGCCUGUAUGAUUACAGACGUUGAAAAAUCUAUAUUGUACAUUACCGAUCGUCAUGCGAUCCUGUGUGAACUCGGGUGUCUACUUGAUGUUGAGCCAAUAUGCCUGACGCAACUAACUGCGAAGUACUGUGAAACUCAUCCUCGC